UUGGUUUAGCCUGUGGAAAGUCAGUUUUUUUUUGACGUUUCAACAGCUUCCUUCUGGGCGGCCCCAGAUUGAGCCUUGCGGCUGGAGUUUAAAGGCAAGUUCAGACCAGCUGGCAUGCAGAUCCGCCCACAGCAAAAUCCAUCCAAGAUCCACCCCCUCUCCGUCCCCCUCCCUACCCCCGCCAACUAGCACUCAGCUCGCUCUUUCCCUCCUACUAUGAUCCUUAUACUGUACCAAAAUCACACCAUGGAACUAAAAAGCACCAAUUGAUUGUUCCGGGGUUUUCAUGUUCGGUUACCUGCAAAAGAAUGGGCUGCUGGAGUGUCUUAACCUCAACAUCUGCCUUGAUCCUGGCUUCCGUAUUGAAUAUCCAUGUCCUUACAAGUUUCUUGGAGACAAACCUAUGCAAGUGGUGUGACUAUACUAACCCAAUAUGUGAGGACAAUGUAUGUUACAGCAAUUGUACAUUGAAUUCCUAUUGUGUAAGUUCAGAGGAAAUAUGUGUUGCUAUAUGGAAGAAGGACAAUGAAUCCACAAGUGUUCAAACUAUGUGUCAUUAUCCAAAUUUACCAGUGGAAGACAUAAUAAUCACAACUUACAAUACAACAGUUUGUAUCAUGACUGAACAGCCCACAGGGAAAGGAAGGAUGUAUGUCUGUGGAUGUACCAAUGAACAGGAGUGUAAUGAUAAACUUAUAUUUCAAAAUGACCAAACUAAAUAUCCAAUACCACAAAAAAAUGAGGUAUUUCCUGUGGCUGUGUUGAGCCUACUCCCACCUAUCCUGAUUGCUUUCAUGAUAACAAUGGCAUUUUAUCUCUUUCGCACACGACAACAGAGAAAAGUGAACAAGGAUUGGCCACAGAAACAGAGAGAGCACCAAAGCCUCACUAGGACUGACAUGAGAAAACCUGGAGAGUACGAUGGAAAAUGCACUGUUACAAUUGAUGAUGGUCAGUCCGACAUCAGUGCAACAUGUGCCAACAACAUCAAUCACAAUAAUGAACUCUUGCCAAUUGAACUGGAUGGCAUUGUUGGAAAAGGUAGAUUUGCAGAAGUCUGGAGAGCAAAACUCAAACAUAGUGCUUCAGGCCAAUAUGAAACUGUUGCAGUGAAAAUCUUUCCUUGUGAAGAAUAUCCAUCAUGGAGAACUGAAAAAAAGAUCUUCUCAGACAUUGAUCUCAAACAUGAGAGUGUGCUCCAGUUUCUCACAGCAGAGGAAAGAGUAAGAGGAAUGGAAAAACAAUACUGGCUCAUUACAGCUUAUCACAGUAUGGGAAAUCUACAGGAUUUCCUCACAAACCACAUUCUGACCUGGACAGACAUGUAUAUGAUGACAGGAUCCCUUGUAAAUGGGGUUGCUCACCUUCACAGUGACUAUACUGCGUGUGGCACCCCAAAGAUUCCUAUAUCUCACAGAGACAUUAAAAGUACAAACAUUCUGGUUAAAAACAAACAGGAAUGUGUGUUGUGUGAUUUUGGUCUGGCACUGAGGCUUGAUCCAUCUCUAACAGCUGAAGACUUUGCAAAUAGUGGCCAGGUUGGCACUGCCAGGUAUAUGGCACCUGAAGUCCUAGAAUCUCGUGUAAACCUGGAAGAUCUCGAGUCAUUUAAACAGAUGGAUAUAUACUCAAUGGCCCUGGUUCUAUGGGAAAUGGCUUCUCGAUGUGAGGUCAUUGGAGAGGUAAAAAGUUAUGAAUCGCCUUUUGGAUCAAAAGUUCGUGAUCAUGCAUGUGUUGAAAGCAUGAGGGACAUUGUAUUAAGGGACAGAGGUCGUCCUGAAAUCCCCAGCAACUGGCUGGUACACAAAGGCAUGCAUUUCCUUUGUGACACGAUUGUAGAAUGUUGGGACCAUGAUCCUGAGGCUCGUCUUACAGCACAUUGUGUGGCUGAGAGAGUUAAUAUGAUAGUACAAAUGAACUGUGAAGAUUUUCUCAAUAACAAUACAAGCAGUGAAGCAAGCAAGGAAGGAGGUUCUAAUGUCUCAGAUUUCAGAAACCCUGCUGAACAUAAAAGUAUUGAACUAGUCACGAAUCAGUGAAAAAAUUCAAGCAUCAAGAGGAGCAAACAUUUUGGUCUUUCUGUACAUGAAAAAUUACAUGACUGAAUUCCAAAAUAAAAAGAGGAUGUCCUAUGAAUAAA